AUGCCCAAGGCCGAGUCCACGGAUCCUAUCAAUGCCAUCGAGCCCGAUCGCCUGGCAGUUCCUCACGACGUCCCGCUUUGCCACCCCCAACACCCAGGUUCCACUGCGACUCUGACCAACAGUGCCGCCUCGCUGCAAAGGGAGACCUUUGACGCUGCCGGUCCCCUCAACGACAAUCCUACCCAUUCAGUGGAUCCUCUGUCGCCGGCAUCCGCCGAGGGGUCUUGCCAAUCAUCGUAUGAAUACACCGGAUCUCCUCCCACCCAAAUGCAAUCGGAGCAGAGGUCAAGCUCCUUGAUAUCUCCCCGUGACGGCGAAACCAGUCCCCUCAGUCCCCUCAGUCCCAGCUCUGUCGGCCCCGGCAGCUGCAACAUCGCCACGAGCUCCGAUCGGACUCUGAAGCUUGGUUCGGCGGGCGCCUCGGUGCCAUCAUCGCCCAGUGGCUCCCACGGCAGCCUUCGGCUUGGCUCAGGCAAUCGGCCCGGCUCACCAGACCGGCUCACACGGCGAGGGUCCGAACAACGAUCCGACUCGCAUGAACCCUCAACAUGCACCUCCUUUCGACGCGAGUCCCUGGAUGCUGCCACCACCCUGCGACGGAACAGUUCGCGGCGCUCGAUGGAUGCCAGCCGCGACGGUCUCGUCCUGCUGCGAUCCCCUCGCCGGGUUUCCUGCGAAUACCAGGACAAGACUCUAUCCGAUAUCCAAGAGAUACAGCAGUUACGCCGUGGACAGGUCGACCCGCUGAGCUUCAAGCGGAGCAGCCUUGCCAUUCUCGAUAAAGUCAAGUCCAUCUUUAACCGACGGAGCCGUGACCUAGAUAAGCCUGUCCCCGUCGUGCAGUCGCCAAAGCGACGGCCGUCGUUUGAAACUCGCGCUGCUCCGGAUCCGCCUCAUCAUCCAAAUGACGAUGCGACUCUCAAGCCCGUGACCCUCAAAGAAAGGCGCUGGAGCUUUUCCAGUCCGCAAGCCAAGGACUGAUUCGGCCUCGUCCGGGACGGCCAUAGGCUAUUCACAAAUCAAACCACAUUCUCCUCGGGCGGUAUACGGUGGCAUCAUAACACCGCACUAGUUCACAGCUACACUCUCUGUCAAAACGAACGGAAUGAAAUGAAGCAAGACACUCUGUAUUUACGGCAAGCGACGACUCGAGUUCGAUUUUAUCUUCUGGAUUCUGAAUACAC